AUGAAAGAGAGAAAUUUUGGAAGUUUCAGACUUGGCGAAGAGUAUUAUAAUGUUUAUCAGAGGAUUGUUAGGAUUGGUUUGCUGAAUGUCAGGACAAUUGAAACAACAGGUGCAGAGCAGAUCCUGAUAUUCAGCUACGUGCUGUCUUUUCAUGAGACCAUACUUCCGGAAGAUACCAGAGAAAAUUUUUCAACCCUUUCAGAACAACCAGACAAAGAUUACGUCACAAUUGCGUCAGCAGAACAGAUGGUAACGACAACUUCCGACGACACCGCCAAGACGCACGCCACAGGAAGUGACGUCACAGUGAUGUCAUACAAAACAACGACCGUUACGAAAAAUCUGCAGUUCCCGGGAAAUCCCAACACGGAAUGCUGGAUCAUAAAAAACCAACUUCCGGAUACUAUCAUUGAUAUCUCGAAGGAUAGUGACGACGAUGAUGAAGAUGAUAUUAAUGACACAAAUAUAAACAUCCUGUAUCUUAUAUAUCAUUAA